GCUCUCUCAGGAGUGUUUGACAUGGGGGCCUUGCGAUUGGGGAGCAGUGGACUCUAGGCAGUGGCAAACACAUCUCCUGUCAAAAGGAAAGGGCCCGCCACCACUCCUUCAUCUCGUCUCACACAGCUGGAAUGCUACAGCCUCCUUCGCUGGCCUGACUGAACUGCUUCUUUUCAGUGCUGCAGGUGACUGCAGUCCAAAGGACAGCAUCGGUGGAUAAUUUACUUGGCAGACAGAUUCACUGUGCAAUAAUAUUAUCUGUUUCCCUGUCACCAGUCCCUUUAAUUCACUGUGUCAGUUUUGCUGAUUAAACAAAAUGUCCCUGCUUGGUAUUUUGCCUCUGAAUGGUACGUCCAGUCUGUUUCUUAUUUUGACUUGCAUCAUCAUCAUCUACAUUCUUAAUCUGAAUAAAACAAAUGAGAAUUUCCCACCGGGUCCCUGGCCGCUUCCACUGGUGGGAAAUAUAUUUAGUCUCAACAUGAAAAGGCCAUAUCAGACACUGAUGGAGCUGAACGAAAAGUAUGGCUCAGUGUUCAGCAUUCAGAUGGGCCUCAGAAAAGUGGUGGUUUUGUGUGGUUAUGAGACAGUGAAGGAGGCCCUUAUCUCACAAGCUGACCAAUUUGCAGAGAGACCAAGUAUUCCAAUUUAUCAGCAAGUUGCCAAAGGAAAUGGUAUUAUCUUUGGCCAUGGGAAUUCCUGGAAAACUAUCCGUAGAUUCACACUGACAGUGCUGCGUGAUCUUGGAAUGGGAAAGAAGAACAUUGAGGAAAAAAUCAUAGAGGAAUCUGAACACCUGGUGAAGCAGUUUGAAAAGCAAAAUGGCCAGCCAUUUGAAACAAGAAUUCCACUGAACGCAGCUACAUCUAAUAUUAUUGUCUCCCUGAUCAUGGGAGAUAGAAUGGAAUAUGAAGACAAAUUCUUCCACAAACUUUUGAUCAUGAACAAUGAGAGCCUUAGACUCACAGGGAGCCCAUUCGUUCAGUUAUACAACAUGUACCCCAUGAUUCAUCCCUUGCCUGGUCCCCAUCACAAAGUAAUGCAACACAAAGAGAGAUUGAAAUCCUUCUUCAGAAAGAUUUUCAUUCAGCGAAGAGAGCUCCUUGAUGAAAAUGACAAGAGAUGUUACAUUGACAUCUUCAUGAAAAAGCAGGAGGAGGAGAAGAACAACCCGUCCUCUCAUUUUCAUGAAUGGAACCUCCUGUGUACUGUUACCAAUCUAUUUGUUGCUGGAACCGAGACCUCCUCCAACACCCUGUCUUGGGCUCUCCUGAUCAUGAUCAAGUAUCCCCAUAUCCAGAAGAAGGUCCAUGAGGAGAUUGACAAUGUCAUUGGAGGAUCGACGCCCAGGAUUCACCAUCGUCAGAUGAUGCCCUUUACGGACGCCGUGAUACAUGAGACCCAGAGGUUUGCCGACAUCGUUCCCAUGAACCUGCCCCAUGAGACCACCACUGAUGUCACCCUGAAGGGCUAUUUUAUACCCAAGGGGACCUAUAUUAUUCCACUGCUGAGGUCAGUGCACCGUGACAAGAAUCACUGGAAAAAUCCAGAUGAGUUUGACCCACAUAACUUCCUCAACCAGGAGGGAAAGUUUGUUAAAAGAGAUGCUUUCAUGCCCUUUUCUGCAGGCCGCAGGGUGUGCGUGGGAGAGACGCUGGCCAGGAUGGAGCUGUUCCUCUUCUUCACCUUUCUGUUACAACACUUCUCCUUCCACCCUGCUGCGGGGGUGAAGGAGGAAGACAUUGAGCUGUCUUCAAGAGGGGGUCUGACUCUGGCCCCCACGCCAUUCUUGGUGCGCGCUCUGCCCCGCCACAACAAUGCCUAGGUGCCCGUCACCAGCAGUGACAAUUGGCUCUUUUAAAACUUUUAAAAUGAACUCAUAAAGGUGCCAACUGGCUAAAUCACUUAACUUGCCUAUAUAAUUUUAGCUUUCAGCUCUAGGCAGGCACACAUGCAUAGUCUAUGAAAUUGCUAAUAUGUGGUUUCAAUUAGCUGGCUAAUCUGUAACUUUUUAAAGAUAAUUAUCUACGCGUUCCUUUCUGUGUUACUACUUAAGCUAGCUAGCUGACCUUUAACUAGCACACUGAAAUGAAUGGAUGUAUUACAUGUCUAAACUCUUUUAAAAUAGUUUUGAACUCUUCCAAUCUGAUCAUACUGACUGUCUGUAUUAGGCAUCACACAGCUAGUUGGAAAUGCAUGUAGUUGGUAAUGAGCCAGACUGCUAGUGAAAGCUCAACAGAUUGAGCCACAGCCUUCCAGGAAUAAAAGAGGACUUACCCCCUGAUUGUUAGCAAUUCGUGAAUAUACAUGGAGGACUGGAAGUUUUAUUUACUUCUUAUGCCUACAGAGCUAGAUAUCUGGUAGUAGUGGUUGGCAGGGAAACAUUUUGUUUUCAUGACGAGUCAACAGACAUCAUCAGAGUUACCCGUUUUUGGUGUGACUGUUGCUCAAUGUAGUUAAACAACUAACUAAUGUGCAGGUACGCACCUUACUAGCCAUCUUCUACAGGCUGGCACAUUUGUAAAGAAUUAGCAUUUGAUAUUAUGUAUAUUUGUCUUAAAAGUUUGAUAUUUGAUUUAAAAUUACAAAUAAUUUCAUUCUCGUCACAAUUCCACACAUUUAUUUUUAUAAGAAGAAACCAAUUAUACUCCCACAGCAGAUAUAGCUGUGUAAGUUGUGAUUAAUAAAUCAAUAAUUAGACUCUAUUAAAAUACUCAACUGUAGCAAGAUUGUAACAAAACCACUGAACAUAAGCAAUGGCUUUCUCUUGAUACUGCUGUGUCUUGAUAUCCUUUCAGUUGUGUAAAA